AUGACUCAGGGGAGGAACAUUAACAAUGAAUCGGGGAGGGACAACUACUACAACUCGGGGAGGGACAACAACUAUGACUCGGGGAGGGACAACUACUACGACUCGGGGAGGGACAACUUCUACAUCUCGGGAAGGGACAACUACUACGACUCGGGGAGGGACAACAACUAUGACUCAGGGAGGGACAACAUCUUGUCGACUCUGGGAGGGACAACUACUACAACACGGGGGAGGAACAUUAACUAUGAAUCGGUGAGGGACAAGAACUAUGACUCAGGUAGGGACAACAUCUUGUCGACUCUGGGAGAGACAACCACUAGUCGACUUGGGGAGGGAGAACUACUACAACUCGGUGAGGGACAAGAACUAGGACUCUGGGGAGGGACAACAACUAUGACUCGGGGAGGGAUGAGAACUAUGACUCGGGGAGGGACAACAACUGGUUGA